AUGUAUCAGAGAACAGGAACAGAUAGGGAUACAGGGCUCCGGCGGUUGACCUUGCCGUGUGCUGAGCUGCGACCUCACCGGCUGCUGCGCUGCGACCUCGCCGUGGUCCGGCGUACAACGGAGAGGCCGCCCCAUCCCCGCACCUCCAUUCUCCUCCUCCGCGCCACCCCGUCACCACACCCGGUACCUACCUCCGCCAUCCGACGGCGGCUAGAUCCGCCAUCCGCCGACGCCGGAGAAGAGAACUCCAACCUUCAGGUGCACUGCUGCGUCGAGCAGGGAAUGAUGGAGUCAAUGACUAGUAUUGCUCCAAGUGUCGGGUCAACUACAACGAUGGGACUAGAAGAUGAUGCUAACAAUUUUUCCAUGAGCAAGUAGCGUCCAAGAAGGUUCAACAUCAGCAUAUUGUUCUACUCAACGAGGCGAACAUGACAGGGG